UUUGCUUGGGCCUGGGGGCGCCGCCCGGUGGCGGUGGGGGCUGUGCGCCGGGCUGGCGCCCGACCCCAGCCGCUGUCCUGCGGGCUGCGCGCCCCCCAACUCACUUCCCGAAGACCCCCAGGCUCCAUCGAGUUCAAAAAUGUCCAGGAAUGACAAAGAACCGUUUUUUGUGAAGUUUUUAAAGUCUUCAGAAAAUUCCGAAUGUUUUUUUAAAGCUCUUGAGUCUAUAAAAGAAUUCCAAUCAGAAGAAUAUCUUCAGAUUAUUACAGAAGAAGAGGCAUUGAAGAUAAAGGAGAAUGACAGAUCACUUUAUAUUUGUGACCCUUUUAGUGGUGCUGUUUUCGAUCACCUUAAAAAGCUUGGCUGCAGAAUUGUUGGUCCUCAAGUAGUCAUAUUUUGCAUGCAUCACCAGCGAUGUGUCCCAAGAGCUGAACAUCCUGUUUAUAAUAUGGUAAUGUCUGAUGUAACUGUAUCUUGUACAAGCCUGGAUAAAGAAAAAAGGGAUGAAGUUCAUAAGUAUGUACAAAUGAUGGGUGGACGAGUAUACAGAGACCUUAAUAUAUCAGUAACUCACCUUAUUGCAGGAGAAGUUGGUAGCAAAAAAUAUUUAGUUGCUGCAAAUCUGAAGAAACCUAUUUUGCUUCCUUCUUGGAUAAAAACACUUUGGGAAAAGUCACAAGAGAAAAAAAUAACUAGAUAUACUGAUGUGAACAUGGAAGAUUUCAAGUGCCCUAUUUUUCUUGGUUGCAUAAUCUGUGUCACAGGCUUGUGUGGCUUAGACAGGAGGGCAGUCCAGCAACUCACCAUUAAGCAUGGAGGCCAAUACAUGGGACAGUUGAAAAUGAAUGAGUGUACACACCUCAUUGUGCAAGAACCGAAAGGUCAGAAAUAUGAAUGUGCCAAGAGAUGGAAUGUACAUUGUGUCACCACACAAUGGUUUUUUGACAGCAUUGAGAAAGGUUUUUGUCAGGACGAAUCUAUAUACAAGAUGGAACCUAGACCAGAAACAAAGAGUAUGCCUGACACUUCAACUCCCACUGGCCAAGUCCAUACAAUUGAUAGUCGUACUCUUUCAGAUGUUAGCCAUAUUUCAAACAUAAAUGGAAGUUGCAUAAAUGAAUCAAUAUGCAGUUCAGUUCUUAAUAGCAAAUUGGAGUCUUCGCUUGACAGUCUAGAAAAUCUGGAUGUCAGUGCAUUUCAAGCACCUGAAGAUUUAUUAGAUGGUUGCCGGAUAUAUCUUUGUGGUUUUAGUGGAAGAAAGCUAGAUAAACUGAGAAGACUUAUUAACAGUGGAGGUGGAGUUCGUUUUAAUCAACUUAAUGAAGAUGUAACUCAUGUUAUUGUGGGAGAUUAUGAUGAUGAAUUGAAGCAGUUUUGGAAUAAAUCAGCCCACAGGCCGCAUGUAGUGGGAGCAAAAUGGUUGCUAGAGUGUUUUAGUAAAGGUUAUAUGCUUCCUGAAGAACCAUAUAUUCAUGCUAACUACCAGCCAGUAGAAAUUCCAGUUUCAGAUCAGCCUGAAAGCAAAACAGCUCUUUCAAAAAAGAACAACAGUAGCUUUUCCAAGAAAGACUCUGCUCCUAAUGAAAAGCAUGAACAAGCUGAUGAAGAUCUGCUCUCUCAAUAUGUAAAUAAUAACUCCUCAAUAGUUGAAGCUAAAAUGACGGAAGCUGCAGAGUCUGCAGUUGGGCCCUGUAAUGGUUCUACUCAUGUUGAGCCCUUUAAUGAUUCCACUCACAUUUCUCUGCAAGAAGAAAACCAGUCUUCUGUCACUCAUUGCCUCCCUGACAAUUCUACCAUUACUGAAGAAGGCUUAUUUAGCCAAAAAAGUUUCCUUGUUUUGGGUUUUAGUAGUGAAAAUGAAUGUAAUAUUGGAAAUAUCAUAAGAGAACAUGCUGGAAAGAUUGUAUCCCUUCCGAGCAGAAUUGUGGCUGAUUAUGCUGUGGUUCCUCUGCUGGGAUGUAAAGUAGAAGCAACUGUGGGAGAAGUGGUCACAAAUACAUGGCUGGUUACUUGUAUAGACUAUCAGACUUUAAUUGAUCCAAGGUCAAAUCCUCUCUUCACACCAGUCCCAGUAAUGUCAGGAGUGACUCCUUUAGAGGAUUGUGUUAUUUCAUUCAGCCAGUGUGUUGGAGCAGAAAAAGAUUCUUUGAUAUUCUUAGCAAAUCACCUUGGAGCAAGCGUUCAAGAAUUCUUUGUUCGCAAAUCCAAUGCAAAGAAAGGCAUGUUUGCCAGUACACAUCUUAUAUUAAAAGAGCCUGUUGGUUCUAAAUAUGAAGCUGCAAAGAAGUGGAAUUUGCCAGCAGUCACUAUAGCUUGGCUUUUGGAGACUGCUAGAAUGGGAAAGAGAGCAGACGAAAGCCACUUUCUGAUUGAAAAUUCACCUGAAGAAGAACAAAGAUUGGAAACUAAAAUAACAAAUGGGGAGAAUCCAAGUCCAGAUACUCCUAUACAUCCUUGUACACAUGUGGAAACUCACAGAAGAACAGCCAUUACACCACUGGAUAUGAACCGCUUUCAGAGCAAAGCUUUCCAUGCUGUGAUCUCACAACAUGCUGGGCAGCUCUCGGCCUCACCAGCAGUAGAACAGCCACUGCAGAAGGAGCCCUCAUUGCACCUGGACACACCAUCAAAAUUUCUGUCCAAAGACAAACUCUUCAAGCCUUCCUUUGAUGUAAAGGAUGCACUUGCAGCCUUGGAAACUCCAGGAGGUCCCAGCCAACAGAAGAGGAAACUGAGUACACCACUCUCAGAAGUCAUUGUCAGAAACUUGAAACUUGCUUUAGCAAAUAGUUCUCGCAAUUCAGUUGCUCUUUCUGCCAGCCCUCAACUGAAGGAUGCCCAAUCAAAGAAGGAAGACACUCCAAAACCCCUUCACAAAGUUGUGGUGUAUGUUAGUAAAAAGCUCAAUAAGAAGCAGAAUGAACUAAAUGGAAUUGCUGCCUCCCUAGGAGCAGAUUACAGGUGGAGUUUUGAUGACACGGUAACUCAUUUCAUCUAUCAAGGCCGACCAAAUGACAGUAAUCGAGAGUAUAAGUCUAUAAAAGAAAGAGGAAUACACAUUGUUUCUGAGCACUGGCUUUUAGAAUGUGCCCAGGAAUAUAAGCGUCUUCCUGAAUCUCUUUAUCCACAUACUUAUAAUCCCAAAAUGAGCCUGGAUAUCAGUACCGUGCAAGAUGGCAGACUUUGUAACAGCCGAGUGCCCUCAGCUGUCUCUGCAGCAGAGGAUGAAGAGCCAGAUCAUUUGCCUGUAGAAGAAAAUGGUACAGAAAACAUGACCACCAGUAAUGAAGAAUCAGCACUGUCAGAUGGAAAUGAAAAGAAUGAUUCUAAAGGAGUUCUCACACAGACCUUGGAGAUGAGAGAAAAUUUCCAAAAGCAACUGCAGGAGAUCAUGUCUGCCACCUCCAUCGUGAAACCCCAGGGACAGAGGACUUCCCUUUCAAGAAGUGGCUGUAACAGUGCCUCCUCAACCCCUGACAGCACGCGUUCCGCUCGAAGUGGACGAAGUAGAGUCCUAGAGGCGCUGAGGCAGUCUCGACAGAUAGUACCUGAUGUCAACACAGAGCCCUCCCAAAAUGAACAGAUCAUUUGGGAUGACCCUACGGCAAGAGAGGAGAGAGCAAGGCUUGCCAGCAAUUUGCAAUGGCCUAGUUGUCCCACACAGUACUCUGAGCUUCAGGUUGACAUUAAAAAUUUGGAGGAUUCUUCUUUUCAAGAGCCUUUACGUGGUUCAGAAAUUGCUGAACAGGCUGUCAGUGAUCCUGGAAAUGGACAUGGGACUGAAGCCCCCAAACACCCCAACUCUGAAGAACUGGAAACUCCAACAAAAGACAGUCACCUGAUCCCUACUCCUCAAGCCCCAAGCAUCGCCUUCCCUCUAGCCAAUCCACCUGUGGCCCCACACCCUGGAGAAAAGAUUAUAGCGACAGAGGAGAGUCGUGAAGAAUUAAAAAAAUACAUAUUUCAGCUGUCGUCACUGAACCCUCAGGAACGUAUUGAUUAUUGUCAUCUGAUUGAAAAACUAGGUGGGCUGGUGAUAGAGAAGCAGUGCUUUGAUCCCAGCUGUACACACAUUGUUGUGGGGCAGCCACUUCGAAAUGAGAAGUAUUUGGCCUCCGUGGCAGCUGGGAAGUGGGUGCUUCAUCGUUCCUACCUGGAAGCAUGCAGGACUGCAGGACACUUCGUGCAGGAAGAAGACUAUGAAUGGGGAAGUAGUUCCAUACUCGAUGUUUUGACUGGCAUCAGUGUACAGCAACGGAGACUAGCACUCGCAGCAAUGAGAUGGAGGAAAAAAAUCCAGCAAAGACAAGAAUCGGGCAUCGUGGAGGGAGCAUUCAGUGGUUGGAAGGUUAUCUUACAUGUUGACCAAUCCCGAGAAGCAGGAUUUAAGCGUCUUCUUCAGUCUGGAGGAGCAAAGGUGCUACCUGGUCAUUCUGUUCCUUUAUUUAAAGAGGCCACACAUCUCUUUUCUGACUUAAAUAAACAGAAACCAGAUGACUCAGGAAUUAAUAUAGCAGAAGCUGCUGCCCAGAAUGUGUACUGCUUAAGAACAGAAUACAUUGCUGAUUAUCUUAUGCAGGAAUCUCCUCCUCCUGUGGAAAAUUACUGUCUACCAGGAGCUGUUGCAUUUCUUCAGAAUAAUAAGGAGCCUGCACCACUGUCACCACAGAAGAGGAGAGCUGCUGCGGAGAAGAGCAAGGUCAAACGACCUCGAAUACACUAGUCUGCCCCUUAGUUACCAAACAGGAAAUGUAUAUUAAUUGAAAAGCCUGAAUGUUGCUGUGAUGGAUUGUGUAGCAAUUUGAAGACAUGUACCUACCUGAAGAAUUUUGCUUCCGAAUGUAAAGAUGAUCCCGCAUGAAGUUUUUAACACCUGAAAUUUUAAUCACUGAAAUAUCGUUUUUUAAUGAAAAGUUCCUGAAAUAACAGCAAGAAAAUACAACUCCUCAGCUGGCUUGUUAAACCUCGUGGAUGUGUGCAAAAGGCUUUUGUUUAUUCUUCUUGUAAAUAUAUGAGGCUGUAGCUCGGUGGGAAUUUUAGCAAGGUGAUGGAUUUUGCUUCAGAAUGUCUCCCUUGAUUUGUAAAAAGAGUUAUCAAUUGGGCCUUUUCAUGUUUUCCCUGAUUUUUAUCUUCUUAUCAUUUUACCUCUUUUUAACAGAAGCCUGAGCACAAGGUUUAACGAAGAAACUGGGGCUUUAAACUUCUGUGUGUGUGUGUGUGUAUAUAUAUAUAUAUAUAUAUAUGUAUAUGUAUAUGUAUGUGUGUACAGAUCUCCAUGAUGUUUGCCAAGUUUGGGCACCAAAACUUGGAAAAUGUGACAAUAAAGAAUAAAAAUAGUGACUCAAAUUA